GAACACAACGGGAGUUUGUGCUCUACUGAGUUUUGGCCAUGAGAGUGAGACAGUCAGUCUAGACGCUCUUGACAGCCUCGUCUGGAGGAGAGACACUUCCCUCUGCGGCUCUGUCACCAUCACGACGAUACAUUUACAAACGCCUCACUGAGACAUCGGAUUUUACGAAAAAUAUCUUAAUUUGUGUUCCGAAGAUAAACGAAGGUCUGACGGGCGUGAAACGACAAGAGGUAUCUCCUAAGAUGAAACUCCAGCACUCCUGAAGAAGGAUGACACCCCUGGCACAUUGGAUAGGACGGUGCCUUUGGGCAUCUGUGUCACUCACAUGCCAAGCCUGAAAAGUGGAAAGAAAGACAGUUCUAGCAGACACGUCAAAUACUUCCAAGCUUUAGAGUGAAACUUUGCACAGUUGGCCAUGGCUGCAUAUCCAUGGCUUGGAGGAUAGGGUUCCUUGUUUAGCAAGCAUUUCUUACCACAGUAAGUUUUGUAACUGGUCAUUUAGCAAAUCCAGCACUUCCUCUGGCCAGGAGGGGUUUAAAGAACAACUGCCACACAUGAGCUGAACCAGAGGAUCCAAAAUGGAGGUCACACAGCAACGCUCUUUCUACUGGACUGGUUAAAGCUGCAGUCAAAAGCAUUACUGCAAGGGCAGUAUGCAGGCAGCUGACUACCCAGCCACAUAUAAUAACACAGAGUGCAAGUUCCACUGCACCAAUGGCAGAUGUCUGAAACUUCUCUCGCUGAUUUGUAAUCAUCUGAAUGAAUGUGGAGACAACAGUGAUGAGGAAAAUUGUCCUGCUGCUGUACCUCCACCCCCAGACACCAUCCAGUCUGAACUGGAGUUUGUUCAGAUAAUAAUCAUAAUUGUGGUGAUGACUGUAAUGGUAGUUGUGAUCAUCUGUUUGCUGAACCACUAUCGGCUGUCGGCUUGGGCCUUCCUCACACGCCACAGCCAGGCCCGACGACGAGAGGAGGGCAUGCAGCCGGACGGCUGUGCAUGGCCAACAGACAGUUUGGUGACGCAACAAGGAGCCACUGAGGUGAUGUAUGGGCCACGGAGCGGAGAUCGCUUCAACCCACCUUCAUUUAUGCAAAGGGACCGAUUCAGCCGCUUCCAGCCCACCUACCCAUACCUGCAGCAGGACAUCCACUUGCCACCCACCAUCUGCCUGUCAGAUGGCGAGGAGCUGCCGCCCUACAAGGGCCCCUGUACCCUGCAGCUCAGAGACCCUGAGCAGCAGCUCGAGCUCAGCCGCGCGUCCGUACGCGCGCCCCCCAACCGGACCAUUUUCGACAGCGACCUGAUAGACGUUUACGUGCACGGAGGAGGGCCACGGCCCCCAAGCAGCAACUCUGGCAAGAGUGCCUCGAACUCGCACGUGGAGGGGCCGCCGCCCACCUAUAGCGAGGUGAUGGGUCAGACGUGCCCAGGCUCUGCCUCCUUCCUGCACCAGCACAGCAAUAACGCACCACCCUCCAACCAGAGGACAGCCAGUCGCUCCCCCCAGCCUGGCGCAAGCACAACCCUGUUCGUCAAGGUUAAGGAUAGCCGGCGAGACAAACCCGUGUGACUAGGAGGCAUGGAGAGGGCAGUAGAGAGUGCGUGCCGUCAUCUGUGCUCUCUGGUACUUCCUCCUGGACCUAAAGGGGAGUGGCUUCACUGUUAGACCACUCCCCUUGCACAAUUUGAAUUGAAAAUUGAGGAACCAAGCUUACAAAGUUUAUUUUUUUGUAUUUUUUGUUUCAUUUUUGCUAGAACUUCGGGGCCUUGUAUGGAUGUUUGGGCUCCUUGGCUAAAUCUCUUUGUUUGGUUUUGUAUGCUUUCCUGUAUUUAAAGAACACGUGUGUUGGCACAGAUUGUUUGCGUGAGAGACCACAUAGGUCAUAGGAUUGAGAAAUUUUCUAUUCAUUUGUGUGCAUUUCCAGGACUUGUGCACAAAAACUGUUCAUAACCAAUCAAAAUCCAAAUUGAGUGCCAUGAUAAAAUCUUAAAUCUUGGGGAUGUGACUCACAACAACAACAACAACAACAAAAGUCUUUAUGUUGCACUUAUUCUUUUAAGAGUAGAAACAGCGACCCUUAGUUUUUAUAUGUCAAUCUGUCACAGGUCUUUGAUGGUUCCUGGGAAUUAUUUCUUUCCUUUUUAUGUUUUUCGUUUUCCUGAAAUGGAGAUGUAGAACUCUGAUCCAGCCUAAAAUCUCCAUAAAUGAACUGCAUCAUGGCACUUAUUUAAAGAAAAAAAGGGGUUUAACAAGCUGUUCAAAUUCCAGUUCACUUUUUCCACUGACCAAGUGAGAGAUAUUGGCAUGGAUAUCUGCAGAUGGAAGUUACGACACAUGCGCCACUUUCAUCCUGUCGAGUAGCACUUUAAACUUACGUCACUUCAGCAUUGUCAUGGGGUCCAAUGGAAGGGAAUCAUGGGAACUGUAGUCUUAUGCACAUCCUGUCCCCUUCUGAAUGAGUGUGUCAUAUCUCAUAAUGUUUGUUUUCCACUAAAAAAAAAAAAGCAUGCAUAUAGCUUUUUUUCCAGUUAUCCAUACUAUACUUUAGUUCACAAUCAUAUAUGGAUCUCAUAUUUUAUCCCUUAUUUUCAUCUCCUGGAAUGCCGUUUUAUUCCAAGGCAGCACAGGAACACACUUUUGUCUGUUAUUUGUCUGUUUAUUCAACACCAGUAUUUAUUCUUUUAUCUGUUCUGAGAUUUUCAUCCAAACAAAAUGUGUACCAAUCAUGACGAGGUACAUCCCGCUUUUUUCUUUCUUUAUUUGAAGUUGUAUUCAAUCAUCACCACAUGGCAUACAUUUGGAAUGCUUUCAGACAUGUUGAUUGUGUUUUUGAUCACAUCUGAGCUUUGUAAACCAUCAGUCUUUGGCCUUCCCUUAAAAAAGUACCAUAGAAAACCUAUUUAUUAACUAGCUAUUUAUUAAAGUGACCAGUUCGAAAGGAUAUUUAGUCAAAGUGGGUGGGAAAGCCACUUUCCCUCCCCUGAAAUAGGCUUUUAUACAACCUUCUUUCCCCUUAAAUAGCAAGAUUCUACUAUCGCCCAUCCGCUUUGGCUCCGAAACAGCCUCCUGUCAUAGGCUCUGCUUCUGUCACUCAUUCUGACUGCGCAGUUUGAGUUCGUACUGUAUUGCUGCUGCUGCUAUGCGCUGCUACUGCUACUGCUGCUGUUGUUCGUUCGGUAUGUAGGCCUAUGUCCGCUUCCCCAUUAGUUUAUAUUUGCUUACCAACCGAGACAUAGAUGUUUGUGCUCUGUUUUUGUUUUCUUCGUUAACAUUAGUGCAUUUCCGCUGUCAUAGUCGUGCUAGGAAAACCAAUCCAAAUGUAUUUUUUACGUUUGCAGCCGAGAGGUUUGCAUGUUACUAUUUACAUGAGCAAAUUCGGUGCCUAACAGUCAUGUUUAAGCAGACAUAGAAACCCACUUGCACUCAAAAGUCCCCACCUUUGUUGUGCCUCACUUCCUAUGGUGCUUCUUUCAGUAGUCGGACUCUGUUUAUUUGUACGGUGCUGUAUAUAACUUGAAUAUAUUAUGCACAUAUCCUACCCAAUGGGUAGAAAACCACAAGAAAGCAUUGUUAAUACUGUAAUAUAAUGUAUAGAUAAUAUUAAAAAGAAAACUUUAACACGGUGGCAUCAAGUUUUGUGAAUGCCUUCAAUUGUGCUUUGUCUUUUUUGUAAAACAGAGUAAAGUUUGCAAAGAGAAAUGCUACAGUGUGGUCACAGAAAUACAAAAAGACUUCUUAUAUUUUUUUCCUAUACAGUAAAUGCAAAUCUGUUAUGUGAUGAAACAAAUAUUCUGAUUAUAAGGCAGUUAUAUAAAGGAUAACUAGCUGCUGCUUUUGUAACUUCCAGAGAAAGAAUUAUAAAUGCCAGCGCUUGUCAUUUUAUUUAUUUAAAUUUAUUUUGUGACUGCUAGCUGUUUGGACGUUUAAAAACCACGCUCGACCGGUCGCAGAAAAUAACUCGGCAUGACGUAACUGUACCGUAGUUAUCGAAACGAACGGAACAUAUUGCCGACUUUUGGGCUCCCACGAGUCCUUUUCUCUAACCCGGGAGAAGGUUUAGUGGUUCAUAUCAAAUAGCAGCUCAGGGUGAGGCUUUAUUGGAUCGGUGGGACAUUCGUGGGAAACGGUUAACGUUUUGUUCUUUUUUUAUGCACAUAAUCGAGUUGUGUGGUAUAUAAAAGAGCAUCAAAUGCAUACAUGAGGAAAAUCCAGCCCAUAGCUGAUUGUUACUGCAUGUUCAUGUUGUCAUUUUCCUCGGCAUAGCAGUCUCGUUCCGAGCUCUCCGCACCAAAAGGCUCCUCCGCCUCUCCAGAAACACUUGGUGUUCCCUGUACGCGCUUGAAUGAACGAAUAAAUGAGUGAAUGACUGACUGACGACUUGUGUGGGUGACUUCAGCAUCUAGUUCCAUGGAUCUGGAACUCCGACGAAACCAGAGCAAUGUUCAUCAUUGGCCUUGAGCGAGAUCACAUCACAGGACUGAAUGACAUAUUGUGGACUACAAACCUUUUUUGUUUUUUUACAAGAAAAAAAAAAAAAAAAAAAACAGUUCAGUGAGCAAGGAACACUGCUGUCCUUACGCCUUUUUUUUUUUUUUUUUUUUUUUUUUAUUAUUCUAUUUAAUUGUGAUGUCAGCGGUUUUCAGUUUGAGGUCUGUUAAUUGCAAUACUUUUACAGGAAAAAGGUGACUAAAACGAUUAAAAAAAUCAUAAAAAAAUAAACACACGAAAAAACAAUAAAACUAUUGCUCA